CAACCCCAGAUAAAGCACCUCGCUCCGGUCCUCUAAUAUUCCCGCCCACACUCCUGGGUCGACAUACGUAUGCGUUUCAGGAUCUAGAAUUCGGGCACUUGGGAGGGCGGAAUGCAAAUCGGGAGAGAAUAGCAUCACCGCGGCGGCUGAGUGGCACGGUUUUGUGCAUGCGCUGGGGAAUAUAUCAGCGCGUGGCGACGGUCGUUUCGCUUUCAUCGCUCGUUGGCGCUUGGUUGUUCGGAAGAAAUGGCGAUGAGGAUUGCGGCCGCGUGGCUUGGGACUUUCGCUGUCUGCGAUGCGCUUCCUGGUCAGCUUUGGAGAAGGGCGACGCCGCUUACUACGUUGUCGCAAGUCGCCGGCUCCUACGACUAUGUGAUCGUGGGUGGAGGAACCAGCGGGCUUACAGUGGCCGAUAGGCUGACUGAAGAUUCCACGAAAACUGUUCUCGUAGUCGAAUACGGCGAGAUCGUGGACAAUGACACCAGCCUCAUCAUGCCGUCUAAAGGCAACCCGUUUCCGUCGCAGUACAUGUACAACAUCACCUCGGUGCCGCAGGCGAACCUGAGCGACCGCACCGCGAGCGUUCCCGCAUCGAACAUUGUUGGAGGCGGCUCGGCGAUUAACGCGAUGUUCUUUGAUCGCGGCGCGGCGGCGGACUACGAUGCGUGGGCGGCGCUAGGGAAUGAUGGGUGGGGAUGGAGCGAUCUGCUGCCGUAUUUUAAGAAGGCUGUCAAUUUCACUCCGCCGUCGGAGCACAUGCAGGAGGAGUUCGAUGUGACUUACAAUCUGUCAGCAUACGAGGGCCAUGGGCCCAUCAAGCUGAGCUAUCCACCUUUCCAGUGGCCUGGCGUUAAAAUCGAAUGGGAUGCGUUCGCCGACAUGAACCUGACAGUCUCAAAAGAAGGAGCAGACGGGGACGCGGUAGGACGUUUCUGGGUCCCUUCCUCACAAGACCCCAUAAUGCAAACGCGCUCAGAUGCUCGCCUAGGCUACUACGAGCGUGUCAAAUCGCGGCCCAAUUACCAUCUCCUGACGCUGCACAAGGCGGUCAAAAUAAACUUUGCCAACCUCACUGCGUCAGGGGUGACGAUUCAGUCGCGCAACGGUACUACAUUUACGAAGACCGUCAAGGCAAGGAAGGAAGUCAUUCUCGCCGCGGGUGCUAUCCACACGCCGCAGCUACUGCAGCUCAGCGGCGUUGGACCUGCUUCUGUGCUCUCAGCUUUGGGGAUAGCCAGCGUGGUGGACUUGGAAGGCGUGGGGCAGAACUUCCAGGACCAUCCGUUUUUCUUCAUGCAAUACAACUUCACGAGCAACGUUUACCCGUACCCCGAAUUGCUAUCCGAGAACGAAACGUACGCUGUUACUGCAUACGCCGAGUAUUUGGCCAAUCGCACAGGCCCGUACUCCGUUGGCGUGGGCAACACGGCCGCUUUCGUCCCGCUCCGCAAUCUGACAGCCGACUAUCAAACCAUCACGUCAACUUUAUCCACGCAGGACGUCUCAACGUACGUCGAUCCGUCGACGCCUUCUUCCGUGCUGCUCGGCUAUGCAGCGCAGAAGGAGAUUCUGGUAGACAGGUACCAGAAUACGGACAGCGCUGUCAUGGAGUUCCCUUUCUCCGCUUCGACGGGACCUGUGUUUGCAUUCCUGAAGCCCCUCUCUCGAGGCACCGUCAACAUCGCCAGCACGAAUGCGUUCGCCGAGCCUGCGGUAGACUUCCGCACGCUGUCAAACCCCGUGGAUCUGGACGUCAUGAUCAAGAUCCUCAGAUAUGUGCGGGAGUACUUCAGCACGCCGACCAUGACGCAGUUAGGUCCCGUCGAGCUGCUUCCUGGUUCGGACGUCUCGACUGACGAGGCAAUCACGGCCAUGUUCCGUUCCACGCUCGUGCAGUCGUCCUUCUUCCAUCCUUGCUGCACGGCAUCAAUGAUGCCUCGUCAGAAAGGUGGGGUAGUAGGUACGGAUCUGCUUGUAUAUGGUGUGCAGAAGUUGAGCGUCGUGGAUGCCUCCAUCAUGCCGCUCAUCCCAGGCACACACCUUUGCGAGACUGUUUAUGCGGUUGCUGAAAAGGCUGCAGACAUGAUCAAGGCGCGAUUAUAGGAGGAAGAACGGCGGGUGCUCAGCUCCGCUUUGUUUGUGGAAGAGGAUCCGGCACUGGUGGCGCAAUUCUUGAAUUAAGUUUGCUAGUUCAACCGAGUUUCGGGUCACCCAAGGUUUGACAGGCGACGGGGCGCGGGGAGGAGGUACGGGAAGAUGCUUGUAGUAGUUAGCGGAACCCUAGAAGGGGUAAUUCUCACGACGCCACUAGUCACGUGCAAGGGGA